GGCGAAAGGUUUGGGCAUUGGAUUGGACCGUCAUCAAGAAAACAAAAGAACCCACGAAUGACACGUGUCACAUAAAUGAAUUCACGACCCAAUUCCACCGAAAAAAUCCUAGUCCCAACCCCACAGGAACGGACCCUCCUCCAAUCAUCAAACCCCUCUAAAUAGAAAAACUAGACCCUCACUCACUCACACAAACAACGUUGUUUUACUUGUUAGAGAGAGAGAGAUUGGUUGUGGUCUGCUACUAUGGCUAGUAACAGAGAGAGAGAAGAAGCGCUGACAUUUACAAUCCCUUCGUCCUCUUCCCAUUCUUCCCCCAUCACCGUCUCCGACCAACUAGACAGUUACCUCGCUGACCCCAGAAGCGCCUCCGGAAGCUUCCAGAACGACGGCCUUCUCUCCGCCGGAGAAGCCGCCGCCGCCGCCGAUCCCGACUUCGGUUUCUCCCGCCCCGAUUUCCGCCAGAGCCCCCUUGCUGGCACCGUGGAGUUCUACCAACGCCACGUCUUCCUUUGCUACAAGAACCCUCGCGUCUGGCCACCGCGCAUAGAAGCCGCCGAGUUCGACCGCUUGCCAAGGUUGCUCCAUGCCGCCGUUGUUGCAAGGAAGAGUCACAUGAAAAAGGAGACUCGGUUAACGAUAUGUGAGGGUCAUGAUGGGACUGAGACAUCUAAUGGGGAUGUGUUGAUCUUUCCUGACAUGGUUAGAUACAGGAGAUUAACGCAUUUUGAUGUUGAAACGUUUGUUGAGGAGGUUCUUGUGAAGGAUGGGGAAUGGCUUCCCGGAACGCCUGAGGCGUUGAGAGGUUCGUAUGUUUUUGUGUGUUCGCAUGGAUCCCGUGAUCGCAGAUGUGGGGUUUGUGGACCUGUUUUGGUCAGUAGAUUCAGGGAGGAGAUAGAGUUGCAUUGUCUUCAAGGGAAAGUGUUUGUAAGCCCAUGUUCACACAUUGGAGCAAGUCAGUAUGCAGGAAAUGUCAUUGUAUUUGGACCUAUCAUGAAUGGAGAAGUCACUGGCCACUGGUAUGGCUAUGUUACCCCGGAUGAUGUACCUUCAUUGCUUCAACAUCAUAUCAUAAAAGGGGAGAUUUUAGAUCCAUUAUGGAGGGGUCAGAUGGGUUUAUCAGUAGAUGAACAGAAGAAAAAGCAAGAACAGCGGCUUCUGCUGAAUGACUUAAGAAACUUAGAAGACAACACUCAAGAUUUUGUUAGCUGCUGCCAAUCAAGUGGAGUUGGCUGCUGCCAAUCUAACGGAGGAGACUCUUUUUUCCGUCAGAAUCAUGUGUUAUUGGAAAGGAGAAUGGACCCCGAUGUUAUUGAGUCAGAGGCAAAGCUCUCAGCAGAUAGUAAGAGCAGUGAGACUGUGAUUUCUCGGAUCAAUAGUGGUAAAGGAGCUUCACGCAAGUUUCUAUCCAUGACAACUUGGCUGGAUGGCUGGGAGCAAGAAGAUACUUAUGCAGCUCUUGCUGUUGUCUGUGCUGCUGUGUCAGUUGCCAUUGCCUAUAACUGCUACAAACAACUGAGAUAAGAGGAAUAAACUUUGGCAGUGUUAUUAAGUGGUUUAGUUAACUUAAGCUUUACUAUAUCGGGAUAUUAGCUUCCUAUCUGAUAUUAGUGCAGUUCUUCUUUAGACCAGUCCUUACUGAACAUGCAGGGAAACGAGUAGGGAUGUGUGUGCUUUAGUGCUUGCAGAGUAUUAUUGGCUGAGGCACUUAUAAUUUGCCAGUUAGCGUAUUCUGUACAUAUAAGAAACCUUAGCCACAGAAUAUUCAAAUUAAACAUUUUAACACUUUGUUUAGGUAGGAUUUGAUGUAACCUUUUACAAUUAAAUGUAAAGCUUUUGUGUUCCUUGAA